UCGUUAUUGUGGCACGCUUCUUCCUCCCUUCCCUUCCUUGCUAGCAAGUCGACUUAGCCGGCUAGCGAAACAAGCCCUUUAAACUUGGUACUGUAACUAUUAUGAAUUGAUUGGUCACUGCAGGAUAGUUUAUUUCUGUUUCCACAGUCAAGUUAACACCCAAACUAACAACAUGAACAUACGAAACGCAAGGCCAGAGGACCUUAUGAAUAUGCAGCACUGUAACCUGCUGUGUCUUCCAGAAAACUACCAGAUGAAAUAUUAUUUCUAUCACGGAUUGUCCUGGCCUCAGCUCUCAUACAUUGCAGAGGAUGAAAAUGGCAAAAUUGUGGGAUAUGUGCUGGCAAAGAUGGAGGAGGACCCAGACGAUGUACCCCAUGGACACAUCACAUCCCUGGCGGUGAAGCGCUCCCACAGACGUCUGGGGCUUGCUCAGAAGCUGAUGGACCAGGCCAGCCGGGCCAUGAUAGAAAACUUCAAUGCUAAAUAUGUCUCGCUUCAUGUUCGCAAGAGCAACCGAGCGGCCCUGCACCUGUACUCCAACACACUCAAAUUCCAGAUUAGUGAGGUAGAGCCUAAAUACUAUGCAGAUGGGGAGGAUGCCUAUGCCAUGAAGAGAGACCUGGCCCACAUGGCUGAUGAGCUGAGAAAGCCCGGAGUGCGUGUGUCGGGUCACGAGGCACCGUCUGGCCAGAGCCCGUCGGGGUCUGGCGACCAGGAGAGAGAGAGCGAGAGAGACAGCGGAGGAGAGAGCAAGGAGCUGAGUGAAGUCAGCGAGGCAACAGAAAGCACAGACGUUAAAGAUUCUUCCUCCGAUUCCCAAUGACGCUGCAGUCCUAGACAUUUUUAAAUUCAUCCUUCGCCGCCUCUUUUUAUCUCUAUUCGACAAUGUUCUGACAGUAUCUCUGGCUUUACAAACUGUGACUAUC